GAUCCAAAAAUUGCUGUCUUUUUCCAAAUUAUUUUCUACAGAGCACUUUUUUCCAAUUUCGAUGGGGAAGUGGAGCUGUUCAGCAACAGUUACUCUUAUACAUCGUUAAUCUCCGUAGUGGGGAGAGAUCUCCAUUAUGAGAGCAAUCCAGGAGAUCAAUCUGGGAAUCAACGAUGAACCAGUGGCACUUCCAAGAUCGGUGUGUAGAGAAGCUGUUCGGGUCAACCAAUUUUCACUGAUGGGCCAACCGCUGAUACCACGUCGACAAAAGAUUUGUGCAAUCAUUGCCUUCUUCCCGAGAAUGUGGGGUCUCAACGGUAUCAUUUCAGCCCGACUAAUUGAAUGUAGGAUGUAUCAGUUUUUGUUUCCUUCGGACAUUGAUGCAAUCAGUCCUGAAUUGAGGACCUUGGGCUUUUAACGACCAUAUGACGAUCCUUACAAGAUGGAGUCCAACGAUGAAUGAAUUGGAUCUCAAUUUCAUUCCAUUAUGGGUGCAAAUAACGGGAAUACCACUGCAAUUCCUGACACAAGGAAUCAUCAACCAUAUUGCAGGCGUCAUGGCGGGAUCAACAGAUCAAGUGCUGGAAAUGGAUUUCGAUCUGGAAGCAGUUAAGGCAGUGGAAUUUGUGAGAGUGAAACUCAACUGGAACGUGGAUCUCCCUCUGCGUUUCCAGAGGAACUUUCAGUUCUCACCAUGGGUUAACACUACCCUAAAAUUCCUGUACGAAAGGCUGAGAGGUUUCUGUGAAGUGUGUGGGAUGCUUACACAUGACACGGGAGCAUGCGUCCACCACAAUCCCAAUCCAGACCAGGAUGACAAUCAUAACCAUGGUGAUGGCAAUGAUGGGAAUCAGGGAGAUGCAGAAGAUGGAGGACCGGUGAAUAUGGAUCACGAGGAGGUUCCAAACCAGAUGGAAGCGGCUGCAGAUGGCCAAAUUAAUGAAGCAGAUGCAGAUGAUAAUUACGGUGAUGACAAUGAGGCAAUGGGCCAUCCAAGUGAAACUAAAGAUGAAGAGCUCUUACCUUUCACCGAUGAGAACUUCCAAGUGUGUAUGGAAGCCUUUGUUCGAGAGAGAACUAUCUUUAUGGGAGAUGAUGGGGAGCAUAGAAAGCAGAAUUUCAUUGCUUCUCUGUUUCUUGAAGGUGAAAGGCAAGCAAAUCCAACAAAGAAUCCUAGCUCCACCAUGGAGAUGGAGAUGGAACAUGGUGAAACAAGUGGGUACUCACGUCCAAAUGCAGAGGUUGAUUUAUAACAUGUUAUGGCGGAUUAUCAACUGGCACUUGAGGAGUAUGAAGCAGCGAAGCAAAGUCACACAAGGGAACUCCGGAAGAGAAGGUUUGUGGAGAAUCUGAUCAAUGGAAUGUUUACGCAAGAUACCACUGCUGAGGUACACACUCCGUCUCCAUCUGAUCAGUCUCAUACUCAAGGUGAAAGUGGAAAAAGACAACAACUGGAUGGUGUGUGAUGAGGGCAUAUACCACAAGCUCUACCUAUACCAACUGUGAGACAAGGACCAAGAACAAGGUAAGGAACUAGAGUCUUGUGUGAGGAGUUAAAUCAAGCCAUUGAAGCGUUACUUAGUAUCUACGAGCAAGAAGACUCUUUGUACCCAAGCUUUAAGGCCAUGGUCCAAGAAAGAAGCCUGGAAGAGCCUAAUGAAGAAGAAGCCUAUCUUAUACAAGACGGUCCAACAACUGAAUUGCCACUUCUCCGACCCAACAAAGAAGUGUAUCUAUUCAGCAUCAGCAUCACGCCAACUUAAGACCAUCCUAGCCGUCCAAUCUACCAAGGUAAACUAAUGAAUACAAUUAUAUUCUUGCCUAACUUGGUUUUCUGUCUUUGGUUUGUU